CAAGCAAAAUUCUCAUAUAAAGGUGUGUAGCUUCAAAGUAAUUAAUUAAGCCUCAAAUUCAUACAAUAUAAUGGGGCUGAGAGCUAUUCCCUUUUCACCUUGUCAAAAUUAUUAUUUGAGUGGUUCAGAAUAUUUGCCCAAAUACAGUAUUGUUGGUAGCAGUAGAACUUGCUCAUCAAAACUAGUACUAACAAUUUCAGCAAAGGCUAAAAAAGAGGACACACAAGAAGAAGAAGAACCGAAAAACAAGAGGAAACAAUCGUUGUUUUCAAGUGUCACUGAAGCUCUUGAUUUUUCCCAAGUUAGAUCUGCAAAGGAUGCUGAGCUUCUUGAUGAAGCAAGAGAAAAAACUCAAUCUGGAGAGAAAAUGUCUAGAGAACAGUAUGGAGCUCUUAGAAGGAAGAUUGGUGGGACAUACAAAGAUUUCUUCAAGUCCUAUGUUGAAGUGGAUGGACAAUAUGUGGAGGAGGGAUGGGUAGACAAAACGUGCAAGGUUUGCAAGAAAGAUACAAGUGGAGAAGCAAGACAAGUUGACAAAUUGGGACGAUAUGCGCACGUAGCUUGUCUACAAAAAUCCAACCCUGGAAAUUUCUUCACCAAGCUCUUCUCAAGAUGAAUUUUAUAGUAUAUAUCCUCCUCAUAUGUAUGAAUGAACUCAACAGAACAUAAUAGCCUUGGCCAUUUUGUGUUUUUUUUUUUUCUUGACUCAAUCAUGAAUGUCAUCAAUUGGUGUUAGCUUCUUGAAUAGAGUUAUUCAAGUAUAUUUGUUUAUUCAGAGGCGAAUAUAGCUAUGAUUUUUUAACUU